CGAGAGAAGGAGGAGGUAGGUAGGAAGGAGGAGCGGUGGCGAAGGAAGGAAGGAAGGAAGGCAGGGGAGCGCCGAGCGUUGUCGUGAGGGAAGCGGCGAAGGCGAGGAGGAGGACUACGACCAGCGAGGCUUCGCUGAGCUUUGUGGUGUUCUUGGAAAGUUUUGCACCCCUUGUGAAUUCUCUCAACCUUGGCAUUGCCAGCCCAUUUCUCUUGGGCCCUCCUCCUUUACAGCUUGCUCACAUUAAGACACAGUUGGCACUUCAGCAGUUGAACUCGGUUGCUUCAAACCAGUGUGUAACACCUUACGCUUUGCUAAAUGAGGCAUUUCUGAAAGUUGCCAUGUUUAACCCUAGAGGAAACAUGCCUCCCAGGCCAAGGAGGCCCGGUCCCAUGCCACAAGGGCCUUUUCAGGGACCCGGGCCAGGAGGUCUUCAGAGGCAGCACCCGGCAAGUCCUGCACACAGAAUGCCGCAAAGAUUCAUGGGACCAGACAUGAGGCCAGGAUUCCCGAGGCCAAACGUUCCAGGAAAUCAACAGAGAAUGGACACAAGGCAUACAGGAGAGAAAAUGAACAUGGGGCAGCAGCAGAAAGACGACGGGUGUGCUCCUCAAUGGGAUAAUCCUUUUCCCUCUGGUAAUAGUAACCUGGGCCAUCCUGCUCCUGGAAGGAUGGCAGAACCUAGCCCACCUGUUCAGAGGCGCUACACAAACGAGAGUGCCUCCAGCAUCUUGGCCAGCUUUGGCUUGUCAAAUGAAGACUUGGAAGAACUUAGUCGCUAUCCUGAUGACCAGCUGACGCCUGAAAACAUGCCAUUGAUCUUGAGGAAUAUCCGCAUGCGCAAGACGACUGGGCCGCUGCCUGCUUUACCUCCUUCUCAGGGCAGAGACAACAAGGAGAGCUUUCAUAGCGAUGAUGGCCGGAGCCCCAUGGUGAAGGGCAAGGUAAUUGACUAUGGGCACGAAAGCAAAUACGGAUAUACCAAAAUGCCGCUUGAGGUCAAAGUCUACAACUCAGACAUAGAACCCGAGGAGAGAGCCAAGGAGUUUCAGGCCCCACACACUGUGACCAGUAAACAGAUGAACGCAGUCGAAGAGCUCAUCAGGCAGAUGGGGUUCCAGAGGAACACGCCGAGCACCCAGUCUUUCUUCCCCAUGGAUACCAAGGCACCUGGGUUGGCACCUCCGCCAGUCCAGCCCAUGAUGCCACCGGUGGUGCCCUCUGCCCCUCCGGCUGCCAUGCCCCCGGUGGUCCCACAGGCCUUGCCUCCUCCGGCACCCAUUGCUCCACCAAUGAUGGCCGACAUGAGCCAGCCGCCACCCCCAUUUGCCCCUGAAGCGAUGGGGGGCAUGAAGGACAGGACUCUUCAAGAAUCCAAGGUCGGUGCUUCUCACGCCCCCCGUGAGUCUGCCAGUCGCCAGAAGAAAUUCCAAAAAGAGGCUCCUAUCUCCUCUCCUUUUGGAGUGGUGAAGGCCUCUUGGCUUCCGAAUUUCUCAGAAAUCAACACCCAGAAGAUGAAGAGGCUCCCAACGCCGUCAAUGAUGAAUGACUACUAUGCCAUGUCUCCAAGAAUAUUUCCACAUAUGUGCUCACUCUGUAAUGUAGAAUUUAGACAUUUGCAGGACUGGAUUGAACACCAGAAUUCCUCGGCCCACCUCGAGAGUUGCCGCCAGCUGCGCCAACAGUACCCAGACUGGAAUCCAGAAUCCCUUUCUUCACCAGAAAGACAUGAAAGCAACAAGAGGGAGAACCAUUCUCCCAAGCGACAUACUUCCGGUUCGAGCCCCAGGCGCUCCAAUUCCAGCCAUGCCAGGCGCCGGACCCGUUCGCAAUCCAGGAGCCCCCGAUAUUACAGGACCAGCAGGCCACGGAGCCAGAGCAGAGAGCGGAGCCGGAGCAGAAAGAGGAGCCGGAGCAGAGAGCGGAGCUGGAGCAGACAGCGGAGCUGGAGCAGACAGCGGAGCCGAAGCAGACAGCGCAGCCACAGCAGGCUGCGCAGCCGUAGUCCAAGGCGGCCUGUGCUUUCCAGCCCCCAUUACAUUAGGCACUGGGAACGAGGAAGAAGGCCCAGCCCUGCAGACAGGGCCUUGGGAGCAUUGGGGAGACGCUUGGAUCCACAUUUUGUAAAAAAGUCCCUUAAGCACAAGCCCUACCAGGCCUCUAGCCGAGAGAGUCCGGGAAGAAAGAGGGUGCUGGCGGAGGGAGAGAAGUCUGUUGCAAGUCGGAAGAAACCCCUCAGUAGCACUUUGAAGACUGAGACAGCCUCAGCGGAUGCUAAAGAAAACCCCCCCGAUGCUGCAAAGGAACCCAGCAAAGCAGGACCAGCAGCCACAGGGAAGGAGAAGAAGGCACCUUCCAGUACCCCGGCGACGGCAUCCAAAAAAAGCCCCUCCACGCCUCAGAACUGGCUUUUGUCGAGUAAAGCCUGGAGUAGUGGCACAGUUCUUCGAAUAUCGGACUUACCGGAUGACGGCUUUACAGAGCAAGAUAUCAAAAAGAUUGUCCAGCCCUUUGGGAAAGUUAGUAAUAUCUUAGUUCUUCACUCUAAAAAAGAGGCCUACCUUGAAAUGAAUUACAAGGAGGCGGUGAUAGCAGCUGUCAAAUACGCAGAAACCACUCCAGUCCUGGUGAACGAGAAGCCCGUGAAGAUAGCGGUGGCCGAAAAGCCCAAGGCGCCGCCCAGUCAGAACAAAGGAAGCCAGAAGAGCACAAAGAAGCCUCCUCUGAGCACAAAGAAAGACCAAACGAAGCCUGUGGCAAACCCGGACAAACCUGCGGCCACAGAAGCUUCUGCCUCAAAGGCCAGCGACAAGAAGCCUGUAAAGACCCUAAAGGCUGGGAACACGAACGCAGCUGGGACUCAGAAGAAGGCUGCUGAGCCCAAAAAGGCUGCUGAUUCCAAGAAGGCUGCUGAACCCAAAAAGGCUGCUGAGCCCAAAAAGGCUGCUGAGCCCAAGAAGGCUGCUGAGCCCAAAAAGGCUGCCGAUCCCAAGAAGGCUGCCGAUCCCAAGAAGGCUGCUGUGAAGCAGAAGAAGCCUCUAGAAUCCAAGAAGUCAGAGGACGCCAAAAAAGUCAUAAAGAGCAAGGUGGUGGACCCCCAGAGAUCGUCCAAACACGAGAAAAAACCUGAGAAACCUAAACCCACCCCAGUUACAGAGAAAAAGGAGGAUAGCAAGAAAACAAGUGAACAACCAGCCAAAGAGGAGGUGGAGGAGAGCUGCGUGGUGGCGAUUUCCAGCCUCCCGGAGGCAGGGCUCGGCCUGGAGGAAAUCCUGAACCUGACCAAGCCUUUUGGGAAACUAAAGGACAUCUUCCUUCUGUCUUCGCACAAGAAGGCCUACAUCGAGAUCAGCCGCAACGCGGCCGACCUGAUGGUGAAGUUCUACACCUGCUUCCCCAUGUGGGUUGAGAAGAACCAGCUCUCUAUCUCGUUGGUCCCCGAAUUCAAGGACCUGAAAGACGAGGAGGCUAUUUUUAUCUCUCUGAUCAAAGAGGCCAAUUCACAGGUGAACGUGGAGGGUCUGCACCCGCAGUUUGUGCACUUGGGCAACCUGCCAGACAAGGGCUAUUCCGAACUCGAGAUCCUUUGCGUUGGCCUCCGCUUUGGGCGAGUGGAUCACUACAUGGUCAUCGCCAAUAAAAACAAGGCCAUCCUUCAGCUGGACAGCGCUGAGUCAGCAGCAUCCAUGUGCCGCUUCCUGAAAAAGUAUCCUUACAGCUUGGGAGAGCUGCAGCUGACAUUCUCGCGGUCGCCACAGGUUGAGCCUUUGCCUGUUGAAGUUGUGAAGAAAGUGGAGAAAAAGCAAGAGCCAAACAAAGAGAGCCCUGACGCGAAAGCAAUUCCCGAAGGAUCACCGUCCGCCGUCGUUCCUCCAACCCCGGAGACCAAGGAAGAACCCAACAGCGACCCGAAGGCUCCGGAAGUCAAGGUUGAACUCUCGGAGGCGAAGGAAACUGCAUGCGACGGAGCCGCGUCAGAAUCACUGAAGACCAAAACCUCAGAAGAGGGCUCUGCAAUGGGAGCCCCCGCCAGCGCUGCGGAGGUUUCGGUGGAUUUGCCAUCAUCUGGAGGAGAAAAGGCUGAGGAAGAAAAGUCCGGAGAAGCCCUUGCCCUGUCGUCCAGCAGCACAGAGAAGAAAGAAGAUGUUCCAGCAGACUCUCAGGCGGAGUUACAGGGAAACGCAGGGGCUUCGGCAGGAGGGAGCGCCAGUAAAGAACUGAGUGCGCCCUCUGAUAAAGAACUGGCAGAAGGACUGUCUGGCGAGGCUCCAAGAGAAAGCUUAGGGGCUGAAGACUCUACUAUGGCAGCAGAAGGGGACAUUCCCCAAGGUGCUUCUGGCCUUGAGGCCGUUCCAGCAGCAUCUGCUGAAGCUCCAGCACAGGAACUGCCGGGGACUGAGCAGGUCUCAGAACACAAGCCGGUGGCUCCAGAAGCAGAAAGGACUGAACCCUCUCUAGAUUUGCCAGAGACCCCUGUCUCCGAGGAGGCAGCAGUGGUCGAUAAGGAACCGGAGAGCAGUCUUUCUGCUCCUGAACAGCAUGUGGAGGUGGAACCUGAGGCCGCUGUAGCGCAAAUAAAGGAAGACAAGGCGGUGAAGUUUGUUUCACCGACAGCCAAGGCCGAAGCAUCUGUCAAAGAGGAAGCUGAAGAAGGCCCAGUGUCAAGUCAUGGGGCUGUCAAGGAGGAGGAGCCUGAAAAGAACGUGAACAAAGACACUCCAAAACAAGUUCUCCCCAAGAAAAAGCCCAGCAAAGGACCAGGGCGAAUCAAAACGGAGGAAUCUUGGAAAGCGCCUGCGCCUGCGGCAGAGCCCCACCUGGAGGCCUCCUCUGCUAGCAAAACUAUCCUUCGGGCCUUGUUGUCCGUACCGAACAUAGCGAAGAAAAGGGUCAUGUCACGAAGGAAGGCCGAGCACAACCCGGCCGUAAAGCCAGGGACAAGGAGCCAAGCCAGAAGGGAAGAACCCGAGGGACAAGGGCCCAAGCGAGAACAGAAGCAGUCGGCCUCAAGGGAAACGAGUCACGAGAGGCUGACCAGCAGCCAGCCAGAUUUGCCGGACAGUACCAAACCUAAGCCGAGCGCGAGUUCUCUGGCGGUCUUUGAGUUAGGGAACGAGAAGACUCGGUCGCAGCCAGAGAAGGACCCUCAGGCGGAAACUAAGGGUCCCCCCAAGCAGCGCCGGGAGCGGGAGAAUAGGUCCUCCAGCUUGAAGCGAGACAGCGGCAGCAGCGGCGGCGGCAGCAACAAGGCAUCUACUGGAAGAAGCACUCGAAGUUCUAGAAGCACCACAAAACCAAAACAGGAAGAAGAGCUUUCCUCGUUCAAUUUGGAUGAGUUUGUCACAAUGGAUGAAGUCACAGACGAAAUGGAUUCUCCCUCCCAGCUGAGGAGGACCCCUGCGAGGGGCAAACGGAAGGAGCCGGCCAGGAAGAAGGAGCUCUUCUACGAACCCAGCUCCAAGCGGAGGAGGAGCAAGGCCUCCCCAGCCCACGAGGCCGAGAGCGAUGUCUCCUUCGUGACGCUGGACGAAAUUGGCGAAGACGAGGGCGGGGCGGCCCAGGCAGAGCCCUCGGAGGCCUUGCCGGACCUCCGGACACUGGUCACGGUGGACGAAGUGAAUGAUGAGGAGGAGGAGGAGGAGAUGAUGGACGACAUGAUUGGGGACCCCCAGGCGCUGGUGACCUUGGACGAGAUCUCUGAGCAGGAAGAGCCGGCGCUUCAGGAAUCCCCCAAGAAGGUCCCAGAGCCCAGCAAAGCUGACCUGAAAGCAGAGCCUUUAGUAACUCUGGAUGAGAUCUCUGAACAGGAAGAGCUGGCCGUUCAGGAGGCCACCAAAGAGGCCAUAGAGCCUAGAGAAGCUAACCUGAAAGCAGAGCCUUUAGUGACUCUGGAUGAGAUAGCUGAACAGGAAGAGCCAGCAGUUCAGGAAGCCACCAAAGAAGCCACAGAGCCUAGUGACAUUGACCUGAGAGCAGAGCCUUUAGUGACUUUGGAUGAGAUCUCUGAACAGGAAGAGCCAGCAGUUCAGGAGGCCACUAAAGAGGCCACAGAACCUAGUGACAUUGACCUGAGAGCAGAUCCUUUAGUGACUUUGGAUGAGAUCUCUGAACAGGAAGAGCCAGCAGUUCAAGAGGCCACCAAAGAGGCCACAGAACCUAAUGACAUUGACCUGAGAGCAGAGUCUUUAAUGACUUUGGAUGAGAUCUCAGAACAGGAAGAGCCGGCAGUUCAGGAGGCCACCAAAGAGACCACAGAGCCUAGCAAAGUUGACCUGAAAGCAGAGCCUUUAGUGACUUUGGAUGAGAUCUCUGAACAGGAAGAGUCCAAACUUCAGGAGGCCACCAAAGAGGCCUUUGCCACAGGAACUAGUGAAGCUGACCCGAAGGCAGAGCCAUCAGUGACUGUGGCUAAGAUCUCUGAACAAGAAGAGCAGGCGGUCCCUGCGGCUGGUCACGAGGCCUUCAGCCCAGGAGCCGGCAAAGCUGGCCUGAAAGCAGAGCCCUUAGUGACUGUGGAUGAAAUCGGAGAAGUGGAAGAGCUCCCUCUGGACGAAAAGGAGGAUGACAAUGAGAAAGUUGUAAAGCCCAGGGAAGAGGAGAAGCAGGCCGCAGAGGAUCCCGCACAGGAUCCCGCAGAGCUCCUGUCUUCCCAGAUGCCGGAAGAUCCCAGCGCUCUUGUCACGGUGGAUGAGAUCCACGAAGACAGCGACGACCAGCCGCUCAUGACCUUGGACGAAGUGACGGAGGAUGAAGAAGACUUCCUAGAGGAUUUCAAUUGCCUGAAGGAGGAGUUUAACUUUGUUACCGUCGACGAGGUCGGGAGUGAAGAGGAGGAAGAGGAAGAAGAGGGCGCCUCUGCCGAGGGAAAUGUGGAAGAGCCCAUUGCCCAGGCAGAGCCGCAAGAAGGGGAAGGAGGAGAAGAGGCGCCAAAGCCAGGAGAUGAACCAGAAGAGGAGGUGGGGUCCUCAUCCCCUUCGGAAGAAAUGGCCGUUCCAGAGAGUUGCCAAACAGAAGAGGCAGCGGAGGAGGAGGCGGAAGGAAAGGAGGUGCCUGAGGCUCAGGCAGAGGAUCCCAAGAAAGAGCGGCCAGAUGCUGAAGAUGCAGAAAAAGAGGGGCAGGAAGCCACCGUAGAAGAUGAAGGAAAGGACAAAGGAGGAGGAGAAGAUGCCGUGAAGACCUGUGAGGCCUCUCAAGCAGACAGGCAGUCUGAGCUGCUGUUGGCAGAAAGAGCAGCCCAAUCCUCUGAGAUUUCUAUGGAAACAGAGCCAGAAACCCAUGGGGAGGAGAGCGCUGUGCCCGAAACAGCCGGAAAGGAACCCGGGGAAAGCUCAGUAUCUGCUCCAGAGGAGGAGGAGGAGAAAGAGGAAACAGGAAACGCCACGCAGGUGUCUACCACGGAUGCUUCCGCAGAAGACAACACACCUGCAGAAGCCAAAGAACCUGAUGCAGGAGCCGCAUCGCCAGCUCGGGAUCCUGACCAGUUUCCGGAAGCUGCUUCAGAAAGCGGUGGCAAAGCAGCUCCUCCUGGGCCUCCUGGUGAAGAACCUGAGAAAGAUCUGACCGGAUCAGAAUGUGAAGAGCCAGAGGCUAAACGGAGGAAAGUGGAUUCUUCAGAGAAGCCCAAGGCCACAGGCCAGGUGAAAGAUCUAGACCUCCUAGUCCCGAAAGCUGGCUUUUUCUGCCAGAUCUGCUCCUGCUUCUAUGUGGACGAGGCAUCUAUGAAAAGCCAUUGUAAGACCGAGGUUCACCAGCAAAAUAUGGAGAAGUUCAUGAAGAGCGACUCUGCGGAGGAGAAGAAGAAAACGGGAGGAGGAAAGGAGGCCGAGAAGCCAAGCUCUGCGUGACGUUGUGAGGGGAAGAGCCUCCCCAGAUGUUCUUUUAGGGUCCAGUCCACUCCGUGUCCUUUGUUUCAUGUUUUAGCUGUGUUCCUUUUUGAAGGCCGUCACGCCUCUGCCCUUUAGAGACGAAAACAGAAAUCAAUUGUCUGAGAAGGGUUUUUGGUUGCCCUUUGUGAAAAGGCUGGAAACGUUUUAAGUAAAGGUUCUUAAUUGUACAGUC